UUCCCUCAAGCCCCCCGCCCAUAUGACAAGCCGUCAAGCCCUGACAUCUUCUGGCGUAGACCAUUUGAGAAUACGAAACCAUCGCAUCGUUACGCGACACUCCAAGCGAUCGGUGAAGGGUUUUGUGGGUCAUGGAGGAGGAAGGUAAAUAAAGAGGAGCGCUAAUAACAGAUAGCGGCUGAUUUCAGACGGUUACCGGGAGGUUUGACACUGCGGCAACUUUUGUUGUAAUACGGUUGGAGAGGACAGACCGGAGAGGAGGGACUGUCGCUUCGGCUCCAGCAGCAGCUGUCGGCGUUCUCAGGUGGUCUGAUUGGGUUUGCCUCGUCCUUGUGUUGCCAUGGCGAUGCGGGAGUUGGUGGAGGCAGAAUGUGGGGGAGCCAAUCCCCUCAUGAAGUUGACCAGUCACAUGAGCAAGGAAGGGGGUGCAUGGCGACACCGCUCAACACCUACAAUUCCCCCCUCUCCGAUUGAAAUUGCAACUGAAGAAGAGCUGGUGAAUGAGUUCCUUCAAGCGCCCCCCCGGCCCCCACACACAUUUGACAUGGGUCAGCUGUUGGAGGAAAUGCAGCAGAUCGACCAGCAGAGCUACAGACAAGCUCCACAGAGAGCUCCUGAUGUGGCAGCGUUAGCCCUCUCUGGUGAUUGGACGGCCGAGUUCCUCUCAGGUCCUGACUCUGCCUCCACACCGGGGCUCAUCGCUCUUGGUGAUGCAGCAGAUGCUGAUUGGACAAAAGAAUUUAUCGCUGAGGCUGCAGAUCCUGGACGGUGGGCCGAGGAGUAUCUGGAGCAGUCGGAGGAGAAGUUGUGGCUGGGAGACCUGGGAGACAAGGAGAACGAAUGGACAAAGGAGUAUCAGCCAGGGGAGGAGCUGAGGCAGACAGCCAAUGAGCUUGUCUCAAAGGUUGACGACCCCAAGUUACAAAACACUGAGUUCCUGCGAUUCAUUAGGCAGAUUGGCGAGGGCAGUGUGACAGUGGAGAGCAGAACAGACAAACAGCUCAAAGAUAAAGCUCAGGCCAAGGAGGCUCAGAACUGGGCCUCCAACCUCAACCAGGUGUCAGAGGAAUCGGCUGAAGCCUGGGUAGAUGAGUUUGCCACAUCAGGACCGGAUUUCCAGCAAGCUAAAGCUGCAGUGGAGAGUGAUGUGGAUUUCUGGGAGAAGCUGCAGCAGGAGUGGGAGGAGAUGGCCAAGAGGGACGCAGAGAGCCACCCCUGGCUGUCUGACUUCGAUCAGCUACUCAGCACUUCUUAUGACAAGGGCUAUCAGUUUGAAGAGGAGAACCCCUACUUAACCCACCCAGACCCUUUGUCAGAGGGAGUGAAGAGGAUGGAGGCGGGGGACAUCCCUGGUGCCGUACGGUUCUUUGAAAGUGCUGUACAGAGAGAACCAGACAACCAGCUGGCAUGGCAAUAUCUGGGAACCUGCCAGGCAGAGAACGAGCAAGAAUUUGCUGCCAUCAGUGCUCUCCGCAGAUGUAUAGAGCUGAAGAACGACAACCUGACUGCUCUGAUGGCGUUGGCCGUCAGUUUCACUAACGAAUCGCUGCACAGGCAGGCCUGUGAGACUCUUCGUGAUUGGCUAAAACACAAUCCAAAAUACCGUUCUGUGUGGGAGCAGAAGGAGGGUGAACCCCAACAGGAUGGUGCCAGAGAAAGAGAGAAGGAGAGGGAGCGGUUCGGGUCACUGCUGCCGGAAUCCUUGUUUACUGAUGUCCAGUCCCUGUUCCUGCAUGCAGCCAACUCUGACCCCGCCCAGGUGGACCCCCAGCUGCAGUGCGGUCUGGGAGUUCUCUUCAACCUCAGCGGAGAGUACGACAAGGCGGUGGACUGCUUCAGCGCUGCUCUGUCUGUCACACCACAGGACUACCUGCUGUGGAACAAGUUGGGUGCCACACUCGCCAAUGGAAGCCGCUCAGAGGAGGCUGUGGCCGCCUACAGGAGAGCUCUGGAGCUGCAGCCUGGUUUCAUCCGUAGUCGCUACAACUUGGGAAUCAGCUGUGUCAACUUAGGAGCACACAGAGAGGCAGUGGAGCACUUCCUAGAAGCUCUGUCUCUACAGCGCCAGGCCGCUGGGGAUGGGGCAAGAGCUGCAAGGGGGCUUGGAGGUGCCGCAGCCACCGUGAUGUCUGACAACAUCUGGUCCACCCUGCGUAUGGCUCUCAGUAUGAUGGGAGAGAGCGCUCUGUACGCUGCAGCAGACCGUCGGGACUUGGACACAUUGCUGGCUCACUUCUGCCAGAGAGAGGUGGACGGCGGGACUGAAUGAAAAUCAGCCAGGGGAGGGCUUAUUGAGUGUGAAUGCGUUUCGCUGGGAGGUAAAUGUUUGGGUGAGUGAAUGAAGCGGAGAGGAAUCAGAGAGGUAAUGGUUACAGAGAAAUGGACAAGGAAGACACUGUGAAUUAUCCACCAUCCCUGAGACAUCAUCUUGUCGUCAUGUGCGCUUGAAUAACUUCUGUCAAAUAUUGCAGUAUUAGUGUCUACCUGGAAGACGCAGCCAGCAACAAUACAGUCAUGUCACUGUAUUUUACAUGUCUGACGGUCCUCACAUUUACUCUUACUCUGUUGAUCUGGAGAACUGGGUCUAAUAAAAUGUCACUUUUGUUGUUGAUUUGAAAUUUUUUUUCUCAGUGAAGAAAGUAAAAGAUGAAUGAUGAUGAAUGCAAUGUGGAUCGUUAUCAAGACACUCGAUGCUUUCACAGUUUUUUCUUAAGAGAAGGUUGUAAGUUGAACUGUAUACUCACUGCAAAUAUGUAGAUUAAAGGUACAAGGUGUUGCUGUGACAUUGAAAAGAGUACUGCUUUUUGUUAAAAGUGCUCUCAGCAGCAUUGGUCCGGUCCAGAGUACAAACACUAAUCAGAAGUGCUACAGCAAGUUUUUCCUUUUCUUUUCUUUUUAUACUUUUAUUUAAUUCUUUAGUAAUCAAGUAUCAGCCAGGAUAAUGAACUGACAACCUGUGUGUGUGUGUGUGUGUGUGUGUGUGUGUGUGUGUGUGUGUGUGUGUGUGUGUG